UUUGUUGUUGUUGUGACCACAACUUUUUCAUCGAGGACGAAGCCAUACUAGCGCAAUAGCCAACUCUCAGUCGACAGAAACAUGUCUAAACUACAGUCGUUUCGUGUGUUUUUAAAUGAGCGUUUAACUGCGGCAGCUGUGGAGAUUUUCGGGGCAGUUGAAGAAACGGUAUCGGAGUACCGCGAGGAGAAUGAUCGGCUACGGAGACUGCUGCGGAUCACACCGGAGAUACAACUAUGUAGGAUAGACUCCCUGCAGCUCUCUCUCGCUCUCUCUGAAGAGGAGGUUCUCCCUGAGCAGCAGCAGCAGCACUGUGAGCAGGAGUGGAGCCCCAGUCUGGGGCAGGAGAACCCAGAACUUCCACAGAUUAAAGAGGAACAGGAGGAUCUCAGGACCAGUCAGGAAGAAGAGCAGCUUCAAGGUCUGGAGGCUGAUUUCAAAUUCACUCCUUCCUGUGUGAAAAGUGAAUGUGAUCAGGAGGGCCCAUUUCAGCCCUUCACUUCUCCCCAAACCCAGACUGUGGAGAACAGAGAGAGUGACCCUAAACAAGUGGAUCUCACACCUUUUGUUACUGUGACCCACCUUAAGGGCCUCAACAUUCACUGUGACCCUCCAGAUAAUCAGAACAAUGUCAGCCAAUGCUCAGCCGUAAGCAGAAACCCAGUAGGACUUGACAGCAGCCCACCAUUGGAUCCCAGCUCAUCAUUGAAUCCAAACCCAUCAGUGGUGGAGCACUGUUUCAAACCCAGCACCACGUCUAGAAAAACUCACCACUGCCCUGACUGUGGCGAAAUGUUUGCUCUGAAAGUUGACCUGCAGAGGCAUGUUGCUCUCUCCAAGAAGAGACUCAAUGAAUGCCGUUUCUGCAGAAAACGCUACAACUCCACCUGUAAACUGAAGGCCCAUGUCAGCCUCUGUCACAGUGGGAAACCCUACACCUGCCCUGUUUGUAGCAAGACCUUCAAACUCAAAGGAUAUCUGUCCAAGCACAUGAAGAGUCACACAGGAGUGGGAGAGAAACCAUUUAGCUGUGGAGACUGUGGGAAAAGCUUCUAUCAGAAGGGGAACCUAAGAAACCAUAAACUGACUCACACAGGAGAGAAACCAUUUAGCUGUGAUGACUGUGGGAAAAGCUUCUAUCAGAAGGGGAACCUAAGUUACCAUAAACUGACUCACACGGGAGAGAAACCAUUUAGCUGUGAUGACUGUGGGAAAAGCUUCUAUCAGAAGGGGGACCUAAGAAACCAUAAACUGACUCACACAGGAGAGAAACCAUUUAGCUGUGAUGACUGUGGGAAAAGCGUCACUCAGAAGGGGAGCCUAAGAAACCAUAAACGGACUCACACAGGAGAGAAACCAUUUAGCUGUGAUGACUGUGGGAAAAGCUUCUAUCAGAAGGGGAACCUAAGUUACCAUAAACUGACUCACACAGGAGAGAAACCAUUUAGCUGUGAUGACUGUGGGAAAAGCUUCACUCAGAAGGGGAACCUAAGAAACCAUAAACGGACUCACACAGGAGAGAAACCAGGAGAGAACCCACUUAGCUGUGUUGACUUUGGGAAAAGCUUCACUCAAAAGUCUAACUUACUGACACGUGAAAAACAUCCACAAAGGAAGAAAAAUAAGAAAAAUUAAGACAAAUGUCUUUAGUCAGAAGAUGAAAAUAAAAAGGCAGAAUGUGAGUACACUCUCAUAGACACAAUAGCUGGAAUAAGUAAAUUAAGUCAGAAUAGUCAGAUUAAGUGAUGACUAAAUUAGCAGUGCAGAUGGCACUAUUUUGUUAAGUGCAGAGAUGUAUUAUGGGUAUGAAUGUGUCGAGGACUUCUGAAAUUCUACAGAUUUUGUGGCCCAGCAGGAAGAUCAGCAUAUCCCAAAUCCAGAGGUUGUCAGUUCAAAUCCCAGGUUGGGUCAUAUUGAAAAGUCUACUAAGUGAUCAUGUCAAAUGUAAUCAUAUUGUCAUUGAGUACCUUUUUUUUUUUUUUAUUAUUUUUUUUUUAACACCAGUUUUGCUAAACAGUGUAUCACUAACCUUAACAGAAUACAUGGUUCCAAAUAAAAUACAGUUGUAUUGGUCACA